CCCCAGAUGUUAAGUUAUACAAACAAGUAGCCUUAACGUCUAGCUUUCUUUCAUUUUCAAACCCCAAAAGAAACGCAAAGUUUGUGUCUUUUUCAACUCAUUUUAACUCAUCAGUUCAAUUGACUCAAAUGUCAUCUGCAACAACAGUAACAGGAGGAGCAACAAGAAGACCAAAAUGGCAGUACCCACCAGCACCACCAACCCCAAAAAUUCUCCACUUUCCGCGUAGGCCUCGGCGGAGAGCAUCCAAGAGCGUUCAUGGUGGAAGACCCAAUUCAGGGGAGGCCAAGAAGGACAACAAGGGCAAGCUGGAAGCUCUGUUUGACCAAGAACGAGUUUUUUCCAGGGUCAGUUUGCCCAUUGUGCUUUUUGAGUAUGGUGAUGGGGAAAGCGAGUGCAGGAGAGAGAGGGUUAAAGAGGGUGAGGAUGGUGGUGAUGAAGUGGUGGAAGAGGAGAAGUGGAGAUUUCAGACUGAGAUGUUGAGGGCAGAGUGCAAUUUAUUGAGGAUGGAGAAAGAGAUUGCAGUUAAGAAGAUGGAGAGGGUCAAGGUCAAGGUGGAGAGGACUCUUAAAUCAGCUGUUCACACUCUUGUUUCUGGGAGAAAGAAGAUUUGCGAAGGAAAGAAUGCAAGUAUGGUAUUGGAGGAAGAACUUCAACACUUGGCAGAAAAGCUAGAGAAGUUGCAAAGGAAUUUAGGAGUUAAGGAUUCGGAGGUUCGAAACACUAGUAAUUUUGAUAAACAAGCGUAUCUUCUUCAAAGAAAGCUACAGAAGUUCAGACGAACAUCGGAUGAGAUAUGUGUCAAGGAGAUCCAAGAGAUGGCAGAAGCAAGCUUUUCGAUCAAAACAAGCUAUAGAGUAAAUGAGAACUUGCUUUCGAGUGGCAAAAGUAAUGUAGACAUUCUCAGAAGGAAAAUGGAGGGAUUGUCAAAUGGGAUGCUAUUAGAGAGGAUGAAGGAAGAGUAUGGUUCAAUGCUGUCUACAGCCAACAGUUCUGUUAGACAAUUUUCUAUGCAGGAGAAGGAGUGUCGUGAAGAGAAUGUGUGCUCAGGACGUUGCAAGGCGAUAGUUCGAAGAAUUGUAGAGCAAGUUCGAGCUGAGACAGAACAAUGGUCUCAGAUGCAGGAGAUGCUGGGGCAGGUGAAGGAGGAGAUGGAAGAAUUGCAUGCCUCUCGAGACUUUUGGGAAGAUCGAGCGCUAGAUUCUGAUUAUCACAUCCAAUCCUUACAAUUCGUUGUGCAAGAAUGGAAACAGAAAGCUGUCUCAUCUGAAAGCAAAGCAAAGGAGUUGCAGGCACAAGUGUCUAUGCUCCAUGGAGAGCUUGAUUGGUUGAGGAAGGAAGCAAGCAUAAGAGCAAUGAAGGCCAAUGGUUCACCACUUAUACCCCGGGAUCCACAGAACGAAAUGGAAAAACACGUCCUGAUUUGUCACUUGAAGGAAAAUCAUUGUCCCAAAGAAGGUGGCAGCAAGCAAAGAAAACUAGCCAUAUGUACCAACAGAGUGCCUGUUGCUCCAAAACGAUUACCCUUUCGAGACAUCGGAAACUCCUCAUUGCCGGUGAGGCAGAACAGCAAAGCAGUCUUCCCUUUGCAUUGCCCUCUACCUUCCAAGACAUAGAAAAGCUUUUGAGAUUGGUUGCAGUGGAUUCAACUUGGGAAUCUUGCUCUAUUCUAACCAUAGUAACUGCAGGGGCUCUUCCUCUUUGCUAACCAUAUGAAUUGUACGGCAUAGUUGAAGAUCCAUGUUCUAAUUUCAAUAGUAGAGGAUACCAU